AUGAGCGCAGCCUUGCAGAUGACAGCGUUCGGUCUUGCUCUUCUCUCAACCCUCUUCCUGCUCCUUGCCACAUGCACCGACUGCUGGAUGGUGAAUGCUGACGACAGCUUGGAGAUAAGUCACAAAUGCAGGGGACUUUGGAGGGAGUGUGUCACCAACAUGCAGGACGGGGUCAGGACCUGUGACCAGUAUGACUCCAUUUUGGCCGACCAUCCAGUGAAGAUCGUGGUGACACGGACCCUGCUGAUCACAGCGGACCUCCUGGCUGGCCUGGCUUUGGCUAUGUUGCUGCUUGGACUCGACUGCAUCAAAUUCCUCAAGGAAGAUCCUCGUAUCAAACUGAAGAUGUGCUACGGGGCUGGUGUCAUUCUUGGCGUUGGGAGUAUCCUGGGCCUUGUGGGCUCCGUGUGGUACGCAGUGGAUGUCUACGUGGAGAGGGCCAUGCUGGUGUCGCAAAAUAUAUUCCUGGGAGUUCACUACGACUUUGGGUGGUCGUGCUGGCUGGGGAUGGCUGGCUCGACAGGCUGCUUCAUGGCAUCUGUCCUGCUGACCUGCUGCCUCUACACCUGCGUGGAUCCCAGCAGCCACUGUCAAACCCAGAGGCUUCCCCAGCCCUGGGGCCGGACGGCCACCAGCAAGAUGUACGCCAUAGACUCCUGCGUGUGA